CCAAGUGAGAGUCGGUCUCUUUCUGUGAAGACCUUUAUUUUCUCAAGAGAGCGUUUCCCCCGCGUUGAGACAGAAAAUCGGAGUGUUCAUUACUUUUGAAUGGCUUUCGAAAAACCAUUGAAAAACUUUGGAAUCUACCUGUUCUUGCAUAAAAGACACAAUGUAACAUUUUCUACCCAUUGAAUGUAAUCCAUGACGGAUUGCUAAAGAAGUGUGAUUAAUUAAGGAAAGGAACGUUAGGAUGGGAAAACUUCAAUCAAAACAUGCGUGUAAACGCAGGGAAAACCCUGAAGGAGACAGUUUUGUUGUGAACGCUUUCCUCCGAAGAGGGAUGGAGGAAUGUGAGAGGUACACCGCGUCAGAUGACAAGCUGAAGAGCAUCCAGGAGUUUGCAAAUGGAGAGUUGAAGGAAAGACAAUUCGUAGAACAUCACUGUCCCCUGGAGGUGGUCCUUCCUCCAGAGAAGGCGGAGGGCUGUGAGAGCUAUCUGCAGUACCUCCACUCUGAGGAUGGGGAGCGUGUGGUCCUGAGGGACACUAACAAAGGCCCAGGGAAGAAACGCAUCAGUCUGGAUGAUCUGGAGUGUGCUGUUUCUGUUGAGGAAGACAACCGUCAGGAGUGGAUCUUCACACUCUACGACUUCGACAACAGUGGAAAAGUUACUAAAGAGGACAUGUCCAGUUUGAUGCACACCAUCUACGACGUGGUGGAUGCAUCUGUCAACCACUCGUGCCACAGUAAGAGUAAGACCCUGCGUGUCAAGCUGACCGUCACUCCAGAGCCCAGCACUCGCCGGAGAGACGCCACCCACCCUGGGGCAGAGCGGGAAUCUGGUCGCUGUCACCAAGAGGAGGGGCGAUCGUCAGACCGACGGCUUUCUUCUCACAUCAGGGGCCAGAGCAGUGAGGCCCCUGCCCCAGAAGGACAGCAUUACUGUGUUGACGAGAACACAGAGAGGAGGAAUCACUACCUGGACCUGGCCGGGAUAGAGAACUACACCUCCAGAUUUGAAGGAACCACCCCUCCCCCUCCCCCGCAGGAACCCCAUGGCCGGAGCUCCCAGUCGCAGAGUCGCUCCAGGUCCCAGGAGCCCGAGGCCCACGCUGCUCACCAGCGCCGCUCGCAGGUCAUCAGCGAGAACUAUAUCCCAACAGAUGCCAGGGGCAAAGGCACUCAGUUCCUCAAAUCUCCUAAAGGAACAUCCAAGGGUAACGGAGGUAACAACGGGAGCAGCGGAGGGGGCAAGGCCAGCAAAUGCCAUGGCUACUACCCCCCUCCGCAGACCAUGCUGCACCUGGGCAACGCGGCAGCUCACGGGGGUCAGGAUGUGUACCAUCUCCCCCACCAGCCCCAGGGCCAGCCCUCCGGCCACCACCAACACCCCCUGCAGCACAGCCACAGCAGGCGGCUACGUGCCAAGGCCCGGGAGGCCCUUUCCCCCUCCAAAGCCCCCCUGUCUCCGCACUCACACCCCCAGCAGCAGCCCCCGGCACCCUCGGCCCUGCCCGGGCUGGAGAGGGAGCAGGCUUCGGGCCCGCCCGGAAGCCCAGGGUAUGUGGUUCCUCUGGUCCAGCGCCAUGAGCACCACCAUCACCAUGAACACCAUCACCACCACCACUACCACCAUUACCAUCAGACAUGACUGUCUUCAGGCCAGAGAGUCAGACAAUUAAGGACCAAUCAAAACCACACCCAUCAGAAGGACUCAGCUUCAACCUCAAUGGGAAUGUCCCCACUUGUCCCCACAGUGUCCCCAGAAACUGUACCCCCCACCUCUUCUUCUUCCUCCUCCUCGUCCUGUUGCUUUGCCAUUCUGUGGCCAGGCUGUAAGCUAUCUUGAGACUUCCUGAGAUCAGGCUCACCAAUGGGUGACAUAAUGUUCCGAGAGUAGACGUUGGAUUGUAAAAUGGUCGAUGAAGACACUGGGCAAUUUUGUAGAGAUUUUCAGCACAAUUCUGUUCAACAAUCAGCAAUAUAUUUUUCUGGAAGACUACUCUGCUCUCUACUACGGUAUCUCCAGAAAUGGAGAAGGUGCUGAUAUGCCAUGUCAAGGCCAUCCAAUGUGAUAACGUGUCCUCCUCCAUGCUGACUAUGUUUGUUCCCAGAAGCUUUGUGUCCUGGUGGGGGUGUGCUGUUUUGUGCGAGAGCUUUCUAAUCCGUAGAUCUCAGGUGUAAAGGUACUGCUGCUCACUAGCUUUUUUCAAAAGGCUAUUUCCUGCUGGAACCCUGCUGUGGACUGAAGGGUUUCCAGGUCUGAGGAGAAAUAUGAAAUCACCACUGCCAGUUUUAAAUGCAAAAAAAUAUUAUGCGCUAACUAUAAAAAUCUAUAUAUGUAAACACAUUUUACUGUAUAAUUCUACCGUAUGCAUAUCUCAACAUGGAUUAUAAUGAUGCAUAUAGGCCUCUGUUUUGUCUUUUAUAUAUUUUAAUAAACCAUAUAUAGUUCAUUUGCA